CUGAGUCGGAUCAGGACAUGACUUUGCUAAACAUUUUUGGAGGAUAAAAGGCAAAUAAAAUGUCUGGAGAAUUUAUAGACACUAACGAGGAAAGCACCUUUAGGUGGGUCCUCAACUUCAGCUGCGCGUUCAACGCCACCAACUGCUCGCGCCGGGAGUCCCGCAUGUGGGACUUUGGCAGAACGGAUUCCGGGGGAGACGGUGCAGCUGUGGUGAGGAUUACCAUCUCUUUCAUCUACUCCCUGGUCUGCGCGCUGGGUCUGGUCGGGAACCUCCUGGUCUUGUACCUGAUGAAGUCCAAACAGGUGUGGAGGAAAUCCUCCAUCAACAUGUUUGUGACCAGCCUGGCGGUGACGGACUUCCAGUUCGUGCUGACCCUGCCGUUCUGGGCGGUGGAGAACGCGCUGGACUUCACCUGGCCCUUCGGCAAAGCCAUGUGCAAGAUAGUCUCCUACGUGACAGCCAUGAACAUGUACGCCAGCGUGUUUUUCCUCACGGCCAUGAGCGUGGCGAGGUACUGUUCCCUCGCCUCUGCGCUCAAGGGCAUGCGGCGGCGCGCGCACUGCUGUUCGGCGCGCGGCGUCUCCAUCCUCAUCUGGUUCGCCGCGGUCUCCGCCGCCCUGCCGCACGCGGUUUUCUCCACCACCGCCUCUGUGUCCAACGAGGACCUGUGCCUGGUGAAGUUCCCUGACGCCAACGGAACCGCGCAGCUUUGGCACGGCCUCUACCACUCCCAGAAAGUGCUGCUGGGCUUUCUGGUGCCGCUGGGCGUCAUCUCGGCGUGCUACCUGCUGCUGCUCCGCUUCAUCACCUCCAAGAACAUCAACACCUCCAGCGCCAAGCGGCGCGCCAAGGUCACCAAGUCCGUCACCAUCGUGGUGCUGUCCUUUUUCCUCUGCUGGCUGCCCAACCAGGCGCUGACCGCCUGGGGCAUCCUGGUCAAACUCAACGCGGUCCACUUCACCUAUGAGUAUUACACCAUGCAGGUGUACGUGUUCCCCGUGUCCGUGUGCCUGGCGCACUCCAACAGCUGCCUGAACCCCAUCCUCUACUGCCUGAUGCGGCGGGAGUUCAGGAAGGCGCUGAAGAACCUCUUCUGGCGCAUGACCUCCCCCUCAUUGACCACCAUCAGACCGAUCACAGCCACCACCAAGCCGGAGAUGGAAGAGGGCCACGCGCUGAUGGCGAGGGGCGCAGCCCCGGCGCCCGCGGUGCUGUUCUUCCCCCCGGGGGCUGUGAUCUACAACGACCUGCAGCAGAACAGCUCGGAGAUUCCUGGCACGUGUUGA